AUGGCGACUAUCCCCCAAACCCAACCCACCCGGUGGCGCCUCCAUCUUAACGAAGGUGCUCAUCAUUGGCGAUAUGUCGACGAAGAUGAGGCCACUCGUCGCCCGCAGUCGGCUGCUGAGAAGUACUUUCUGGGGCUCCCUACAGACCUGCCUAUUUUACCUGAGGCGUCAACUUUCCAUGAAUCAGCUCGCAACGGCUUUCGCUUCUAUCAACAGCUCCAGCUUGCUGACGGCCACUGGGGCUGCGGAUACGGCGGUCCCAGUUUCCUCCUUGCUGGUCUUGUGAUUGCCAUGUAUAUCACAGACACCGACAUCCCAGAAGAAUGGAGGAUUGAAAUCAUUCGAUAUUUGAACAGUACUGUCAACUCUGACGGAGGUUGGGGACUGCAUUCUGCCGGUCACUCUACCGUGUUCGCGACGACGCUCUACUACGUCAAUUUGCGCAUUCUUGGGGUCGAGGCGUCCCAUCCACUAGCGACCCGGGCAAGGGAAUGCCUCCAUAGGCUUGGAGGUCCGACGGGCAUCCCUCAAUGGGGAAAGGUAUGGUUAUCGUUGCUGAAUCUGUACGAAUGGAGCGGAGUCAACCCUAUCCCGCCCGAGCUUUGGCUUCUCCCAGAUUGGGUCCCCUUUCACCCAUGGCGCUGGUGGAUUCAAUGUCGCGUUGUAUACCUUCCAGUUUCAUACCUAUAUGGAGAGAAGGUUCAAAAGCCGGUGAAUAAGCUUCUUCUGAACAUCCGAGACGAGAUAUACAGACAGAAGUAUGAAGAGAUCGAUUUCACUCGCUAUUUGAAUCAUGUCUCGCCAUCUGACCUGAUGAAACCGUUGUCAUUGGCGUUAAGAACAGCAAAUGCCCUUCUCCGCGGCUGGGAGUAUUUUCUAAGGCCGACGUGGAUUUCCCGCUGGGCGGCGCAAAGAGUGUGCGCGUUGAUUAAACGCGAAGACGAGAACACGUCCUACAACUGCCUGGCACCAGUUAAUAAAGCAUUCCAUAUGGUCUCUGUGUGGCAUCAAGAAGGCAAAGACAGCGAGAGGAUGAGGCGCCACAGAGAAACGAUUUCUACGUACAUGUGGAAAGAAGCCGACGGUCUGACCUGCAGUGGAACGAACGGCGUACAGCUCUGGGACACCGCAUUUAGUAUCCAAGCCGCCGUUGAAUCUGGCCUGGCCAAGGAGGAAGAAUUCCGACCAGCUCUAGAGAAGGCCCUGGAAUUCCUCGAAACCUCGCAACUGCGUGAUAAUCUGGACGACCCAUACCGUCAGCCAAGGAAGGGUGGAUGGCCAUUCAGCACAAAAGACAACGGGUACAUUGUUUCAGACUGCGCCGCCGAAGGCCUCAAGUCAACCUUAUUGCUGCAAGAGCAAUGGUUACAGGACUGCGUGGACACUCUCCUUCUCAUGCAGAACCAAGAUGGAGGCUUUAGCAGCUAUGAGAACACGCGCUCUAGCGAACUCCUCGAGCACCUCAACGCAUCAGAAAUUUUCGAUCGCAUUAUGGUCGAGUAUUCGUACCCGGAAUGCACUACGGCAGUCGUGACUGCGUUGUCACUCUUCCAGCGCUAUUUCCCCACCUACAGAUCUGCUGAUAUCGGGCGGGUUAUUCACCGCGCUGUCGACUAUAUCGAGGCAUCUCAGCGACCAGAUGGCAGCUGGUAUGGCUCGUGGGGUAUAUGCUUUACCUACGCCAUCAUGUUUGCUGUGCAGAGUUUAGAGGUAGUCGGUCAGACAUGGCAGACUAGUGAACGGGUGCGACGCGCCUGCAAGUUCUUGCUUGACAAGCAGAAGGCUGACGGUGGCUGGGGUGAGCAUUACACGUCGUGCGAAAAGCAGAUCUAUGUGCAGCACGAACAGAGCCAGGUAGUUAACACUGCCUGGGCCUGCCUGGCGUUGAUGUAUGCCAGGUGUCCGGAAAAGCAGGCCAUCGAAAAAGGCCUGAAGUUGAUCAUGACCCGACAGCAGGCAAAUGGUGAAUGGUAUCAAGAGGACGUAGAGGGAGUCUUCAACAACACCUGCAUGAUUGCAUAUCCGAACUACAAACUUUACUUCACUGUCUGGGCUCUGGGCAGAUACGAGACAAUAUACCUGCCAAUGCUUGCUCAGCUCCGGGCUAUGGAAUGA